AUGUUUGACCCAACAAUGCAAAACAGAAAUGAAGAUCUAGUGGCCGGUCUGAUUAUGGUCACGGCCGCAGGUCUUGGUUGCAUUAUUAAUAUAACUGUCAUGACAAUGAUAGUCAAAACUCCAUUUUUUCACAAUGCAUACGGCUACAUAUGCUUCUCACAUCUUAUUGCUGAUACGGCUAUACUUCUUACUAAUGUCUUCUGGGGUGGACCAGUGACAUUUCUAAUUCUCGACGAUUCCAUUACAAACACUUUCAUUGGGGCAAGGAUUGGUCAACUUGUGAACUUCUUUUGGUUUGAAGCCUUUUACUGCCAUCUCCAGGUUGCCAUUAAUCGUUUGAUCGCGGUCGCUUGGCCUUUUGCAUACAAGUUGGUUUCUCAAAGUAUUUGUGUUCUUACUUUGCUUUAGAA